UGCAGCCUCACAAAUUCUAACAUUUGGACGUACUUGAUUUUGCCCCGCAAUGACUCAUUAUGACUCAUUCAUAAAAAAAAAAAACUUAAAUCAGAUCAAAACAGGGGACACGUGUAGGUGAAAUAGCCUAUAUAAAGAGCAGUGAAUAACUAUUUCAACCAGUCAACAGCGGAGUUAAACAACCACGCGCAGAACGGCAAAAGGAAGAGGACAGAUACCACUUUGGAUUUUGUAACUGACAGCUGUGGAAACAUGAAGUGUGGACAUGAAGAUUUAUUUAGUGGGUUUGUUCUGCUUGUGACUGUCCAAACUGUGGUCUCCAUGGUGGUUCCCAAUGCCACCCACUUAGAAGCCAUCCUGGAAAAAUACAUGGAUAAGGAUGAAACGUGGUGGCAAUCCAAGUCAAGGGGCAAAAGAGCAAUUUCACAGAGCGAUAUGCAACUGAUUCUUGAUCUACAUAAUAAGCUGAGAGGUCAGGUGUACCCCCCUGCCUCAAACAUGGAGUACAUGGUGUGGGACACUGAACUGGAGAGGAGUGCUGAGCACUGGGCACACACUUGUCUGUGGGAACAUGGACCAUCUCACCUACUGACCCGGAUCGGCCAGAACCUGGGAGCUCACUGGGGCAGAGACAGACCCCCAACAUUUCAUGUCCAAGCCUGGUAUGAUGAGGUGAGAGAUUUCAGCUACCCUUAUCCGCAGGAGUGUAACCCUCACUGCCCCUACAGGUGCUCGGGGCCCGUCUGCACACAUUACACACAGCUGGUUUGGGCAACAAGCAACAAAAUUGGCUGUGCCAUCAAUGUGUGCUACAACAUGAAUGUAUGGGGGAUGAUCUGGGCCAAAGCUGUGUACCUGGUCUGCAAUUACUCUCCGCCAGGUAACUGGUGGGGGCAUGCGCCAUACAAGCACGGGACACCUUGCUCUGCCUGCCCACCCAGCUAUGGCGGCGGUUGCAGAAGCAAUCUCUGCUAUAAAGAUGAUGGCAGUCAUUAUCAUUACACCCCUGAGACAGAGGAAAAUAACUACAUUGAACAAGAACCCGAGCCAGUCCGAAGCCACGACACCCACUACAGAGAUCAGACUCCGACACCUUCUCCCAACCAGAACAUUGAGAGGAAUGAAGUCAUCAGUACUUCACAGAUGUCUCAGCAAGUAGCAUGUGAUACUAUACUACGUGAUCGAUGUAAAGGAACUACUUGUAACAGGUACGAAUGCCCACCAGGCUGCUUGUACAACUAUGGAAAAGUAAUUGGAUCGGGUCAUUACGACAUGCAAUCCAGUAUCUGUGGCAGUGGCUUGCAUGCUGGAAUAAUAGAUGACGAUGGAGGCUGGCUGGAUGUCACAAGGGUGGGCAGAAGGCAACGAUUCUUAAAGACCUUGAAAAAUGGAGUUCAGACCUUGGCGAAAAAUCAGAGUGCCAAUGCCUUCACUGUAUCAAAUGUCCCAGUGAAAGCAGUUAAUUGUGAAACAACGGUGGCACAAUUCUGCCCGUUCAAGAAACCCGUCCGGCACUGUCCCAGGUUGUAUUGUCCUCGUAAUUGCUUGUAUGACAACUAUGCCCGAGUAAUCGGAACCCACUAUUAUUCAGAUAAUUCCAGUAUAUGCAGGGCAGCUAUCCACGCAGGGGUGAUUCAAAGUGACUCGGGAGGUUAUCUGGACGUAAUGCCUGUGGAAAAGAGGAGGCAGUACAAGGGCUCCUACCAGAAUGGGAUCACCUCGGAGAGCAUACAGAAUCCCCUAGGAGGCAAAGCGUUCAGAGUGUUUGCGGUCAUUUGAAACCAUCCUCCAAGGACAGAUGCAAAGAAAUAGAGCUCUUGGUAAGGUAACAGCCAGUAAUUACCACGCAUUUGGUUUGCUGGUCUUGCUUGGCUGGAUCUAAGGCCAGUGCUGUCACGAAAAAUCCCCUCAACAGGAAAAAAAAAGACUUUGACACCAUCUGGCCCUGAGAAAACAAAGUCUCCAUUCUUUUUACUCAGCAUGUAAAUGUAAUGUAUAUAUACGAGUUGUAAAUAUAGUGAAUUUUUAUUCAUUACAUUCAUUCUUGUAUGCUUUUAUAAAAAGUAUAUUUUUGUUAUUUUAAGCACAAAAAGAUAUAAAGCUUUCCUUAAAAAAAAAAAAAAAAAGAGCAAUUAUGCAUGCAAACACAAAAGUGUUCAUGUCUUAACAUGUAAAAUGUGUAGAAAAGGCCACAUAUUGCAGUUUAUAUAUUUUUAUAUCAGUGUUCAGAAGCUGCUCAUUGGUGUAUUGCGCUUUACAGUAUAUUAUGCUGCAUAUGUGCAGAAUUUGAUACUGUAACAACCUGGCAGGCCAGGAAAUCAUUAUUGCUUUAGAAGAAUUUGAAAAAUGUACCACAAAAAGAGCCAUAUGGGGAAAGUGGAGAGACAUUUUUGUGUUAUUUAUUAUCAUGUAAUCUAAAAUAAAAAUAUUUAGACUCAUAA